AUGCCUCGUGGGCAGAAGAGUAAGCUCCGGGACCAGCAGAAACGCCACAAGGCCCAAAGUGAGGGCCAGGGUUUCGGGGGUGCUCAGGCCUCCCCAGGGCCCUCCUCUCUUGAGAGCAAAGGCAAAUCCCAGAGUGCCUCUGCUGCCGCCAACCCACAGGCGCCUGUGGCAGCCCUAGAACCCAGCACUCAGGGUGCAGCUCAUGCGGGGCCAAGAGCUAAGAAAGGUCAGCAGAACGGAGCCGAGGGUGCACCCUGCUCGCUGAAGGCCUCGUCCUCCGUGGAGUCCUCAGCCCAAGAUCCUCUCAACAAGAAGGCCAGCGUGCUGAUGCAGCUGGUGCUUCGCAAAUACAGAUCGGAAGAGCCCAUCAGCAAGGGAGAGAUGCUGAAGACCAUCAACAAAACAUACCGGGAGCACUUCCCUGAGAUCCUGAAGCGAACCACUGAGCGCAUGGAGCGGGCCUUUGGCCUGGAGCUGAAGGAGGAACACCCCAACGGGCAGUUCUAUGUUCUCCAAAGCAAAGAACGUCAUCCUGACGAAAGCACUCCCAGUGGCACCAGGCAGUUCCCCAGGUACAGGCUCCUGAUGCCGCUCCUGGGCAUGAUCUUCCUGAACGGAGGCACCGCCACUGAGCUAGAGGAUGGGAGGCGGCACCACGUCUUUGGGGAGCCCAGGAGGCUGAUCACCCACGAUUUUGUACAGGACAAGUACCUGGAGCACAGACUCUUGCCUGGCACCCAGCCUCCUCGCUACGAAUUCCACUGGGGUCCCAGAGCCUAUGCUGAAUGUGAGAAGAAGAAAAUCAGAGAGUUGGUGGCUGGGAUGAUGGGUAUCACACCCAGUGCCUUCAUGACCCAAUAUGCAGAGUUAUUGAGAGAGGAGCAAGAGGAAGUCAAAAUCAAAGAUGCACCCCAGGCUGUCCCCACUGUCCCAGGAAAGGCCAAGGUCUAG